AUGGUUGGAAGUAUGGUUAUUGAUACCCCAACCAAUGGUUCAGUAACUACUUCAUUAAUGUGUUUGAAGUGUCCAUUGACUAUUUUUGGUAAAAGUUUUGCGAUGGACUUAGUCUAUUUACAUUUGAUUCAACUUGAUGUUAUCCUUGGAAUGAAAUGGUUGGAGUUCAAUCGUGUUCAUAUCAACUGUUUUGCCAAGAAUGUGAUGUUUCCCAAGAUGGGAGGAGAUUCAAAGUUGAUGUUUGUAUCUGCUAAGAAAGUAGGAGAAUUCUUGAAAGAGAAGGAGCACAUGUUCUUUAUGUUUCCUGCUUCAGGAAUCGACAAUAAAGUUGCAACAGGAGAGCAGCCAAUUGUGUGUGAUUUUCCCAAAGUGUUUCCAAAUGAUAUCAUUGAUUUGCCUCCAAAGCAUGAGGCGGAGUUUGCUAUAGACUUAGUACCUGGUACUAGUCAUGUAUCAAUGGCUCCUCAUAAAAUCAAGAUUGAUUUGCGGUCAGGUUAUCAUCAGAUUCGAGUGAAACCAGAUGAUGUUCUGAAGACUGCAUUUAGAACGAGAUACAGUCAUUACGAGUAUUAA